AUGCAUGACGUCACUCUCCAAUUCAACAAUCAAGAUCUAUUGUCUUCUCAUCGUGUUGGAAUUCUUGAUAAUAUCUUGCAAAGUGCUUAUUAUCUCACAAGUUUGACUGCUCAGUGGUCGGGUGUGCUCAAUGUAGCCAAGAAUAAUAUUAGAACGUAUCCUACUAUUAAGCGUCUUCACUUAUUGUUAUCAUUCGGACGAGAUUGGCAUGGCGAUGUUGAUGUCGAUGUAAUGGUGCUACUAGAUCCUUCGGUGAUUGCUCAUCUAUUUCCUUGUCUACGUCAGCUAAGCACAUCUGGUGCUUUAUCUCGUGGUCGUAUUUGUUUGACAUCAUUGGAUCCUCUUGUUUCACUCGUACUUUCUCUAGUUGCACAUCUUUCGCCUCAUUUAACAUUUCUUUAUCUUAACAAUUGUGAAGCAUCUUUGUCAAGACUUGUUACUUUGUCUAAAGACAAAAAGAAACAUGUUUGUGAUGUUUUAAAAAUGAAUAUAUCAUCUGCUGCUCGCACUUCAAUCACUGAUGGUGAUAGAUUGAGAAUUUGGUUGUAA